AUGGCAUAACUUCCAUUAUUAAUCCCAUGCGAAGAGAUUUACGAUUUGGAUGCAUUUCAAUUAGAAGAUAUGUAAACUACGAUAAAAUCCUGUGUUACUGAUGAUGCUUAAUGGAAUAAGAAGGCCAAAAAGAUUUUGGAUCUGAUAGAGUUGGAACUUAAAGAAAGAUAGGCCAUAGAAAAUUUUGCUUUUAAUAUUCAAAUCGAGGAUUUCAUUCAAUAGCCCAUCUAUUAAAACAAUGCUCUUUAAGCCAUUUUGAAUGAUAUCAAAAAUAGGCCAGCUAAUUAUUUAGAUGUGCAAAUUUCAAAACCUCCUUUAUAAAAACAUGAAUAGCCAAUACAGAAGAAAUCAGAACAGCCAAUACAGCAGAAAUCAGAACAGCUAACAAAUCAAUAGCAACACCAACAAUUAAAUUAAUAACCCUAAUAGAGCACUUAAAAAUUUUCAUAAUAGUAAAGUUAAUCAGAUGCGAUGUCGACAAGUACCAUGACUAGAAGCAGUCAUCCCUAGAGUAAGGUGCAACCAAAAAAACCAAAUUAGCUUUAAGAUUUCAUGAAAGAUGUCUUAAAGAAAACAGAUGUUUCGAAUUAAUAGUUUGUAAUAGGAGCUGCGAUUAAUCAUAGAUAUAUUCCACCGCCUCCAAAACCUCAACUAAAUACUGUGGAAAAAAUUAAAUAAGAGAAACUCAUGAGAAAGAAGAAGAAGAAAAAAGUAAGAACGGAGAGUUAAGGAAAAGCUGUUGAACAUCUUCCAGCCAUUGGAAAACAAGCUUCUGUUGUUAAGACAUAGUCCAAAAUGGAAUAAUCAAAUGUUCAUUCUCAAAGCAGUGCUACUAAAUAGAAUUUUGAGUUGAAACAAAAAUCAUUAGACUUCAAUAUUAACAACCAAGAAAAUAAGGAGGAAUUAAGUGAAAAAUGUGCUAUCAAUUCUUAAACGCAAUCAAACAAUUUAGUUGUUAUCACUAAUUAAUUGGAUCAAAAUGACCCUAAAGAAAAAAUUAAAGAAAAUGAACAUACCAAAAAUAUCGUGGAGCAAAAUGCUUAAAACAAUAUUGACUCAUAUGAGGAAAGUCAUGUUAAAAAUAAUGAAACUAAUUUUUAAUAGCAAUUAAAAACACCUAAUAAUUAAGUAGAAUCUUAGAGAUUCACUAAUGAAAAUAAUAAUAGUUAAAUAAAAAGUUAAAAGAAUUUUGAAUUAAAAUAAUAGGAUUUAGGAGAUCAACAAAGUAAUAUCAUUUAAAAAGGUUUAGGGGAUCAUCAAUUUAUUUCAUAAUAAAGAUAGGUCUAAGAUUCUAAUUAAUUUUAAAUUGAUAAUGUAGAUUAAGAUUACCAAAAUGAAUUUCUCCACAAAAAUUAAUAACAUUCUAAUGAAGAAUUGGAAAGGAAAUAGAUUGGGGAAUAAAAAUAGAAUAAGAUGUAAAGCGAAGAGUUGGAAUAGAUUAAGAUGAGAAAUCAAUUAAUAUAAAAUCAUUAUAAUAAUGUCAUCAAUUAAUAUAUAAACAAUGAUGAAUUGAUUGGGAAUUAAAAUUCAAAAGAUGAUUAUUUAAAAUAAAUUUAACAAUUGCAAAAUAAACAAAUAGAAGAAGAAGAAUAUGAAGAUAACAUGAAUGAUGAAGUGGAGAAUGAGAAUGAAAAUGAGGAGUUUACUCAGUAACAAUCAAAAUUACAAUAGCCAAAUAAAUAAAAGAAAAACGAUCAUGAAAACAUGAUUUAACUUAAGUCACAUUAAGAAUAAAGAAAUUCAACUAAAAACUAAAUAAUUGUAAAGCAAAGCGUAAGUCAAUAAUCAUAAAGAAAGUAGGAUUUGAAAAAUAGACCAUCAAUAGGGCAGAAAGGGAAUGUAUAAAAACAAUUAACAAUGGAAUCCAGAAGAUCUGAUGAUUUCCAUGAGGUAGAGAGUGAUCAUGAUCAAAUAAAUGCUGCCAAAUAAAAACCAAAUAAAGAAUUUGGGAUUAAACAACUUGGAAAGGUUGACUAAUCCAAAUAGAAAGCAGUAGUUGAUAGUAAAUAAAAAGUUGUUCUUACUGAUAAAGAGAAAAUGGAUGAAAUAAAUAAUAUUUGUAAGGAAAUGGGAUUGGAUGAAUUCAAGACAAAGUAAUAGUAAUCUGCUAACCCCCCAUAAAUAAUCAAAGCGAUAACUCCAAGUGCUAACAGUAGACCAAAAAAUCCAUAAUCUAAAUACAUUUAGAAAAUGCUUUAAUGCAUUGAUGAUUCAAAAUUAGAAGAUUAUUCUGAUAUUGUCCCAACAUUUUAACACCUUUUUAGCGGGUUCUUCAAUAAUUAGCCUCAUUAUAAUCACUUAGAUGUAAUGAGAGAAAUAUUUAGCAUUUUCUCAUAACACAUUGAUAAAGUUGAUAAUGUUGAUUCUCUCUUAGGUAAGUACAAAUCAAAUCCUUUGGCAAUCAAUCCAAAUGAACUUGUCUACAUUAAUGACCCUCAUAGAUUGAUUCAAUACUCCACAAGAACUGGGGUUGAUAUACAAUAAUACAUCUAGAGACAGAUGGUUUUUAAUAAGCGACUUUAAAACGAUUCAACGAAUUUAGGAAAGUAAGAACGAUAUUUUAGAGUAGUGAAAACCAAAGAAGAGGUAUAUGAUAUAAUAACUAGGUCGUUUAUGAGAAAGUAAGGAUGGACAGAGUUACCUCAUGGAAUUGGACUUAGAACAUCAUGGAAUGUAUUGUGGACUUGGUCAAAACCAUAGAUCGAUUUAAAUAAAUUGCUUUUCUUUUAGAAAGUCAAUCACUUCCCUUUUAAUAAGAAUCUAGGGAGGAAGGAUCUAUUAAAGAAAAACAUCGAAAGAUGUUAAAAACUAGGAACCAAGGCAUAACAAAUAUUUGAUAUAAUUCCAUCAACAUUUUUGUUGCCAAAGGAAUAUGUGUAAUUUAUGGAAAAGUUUUAUAAAGACUCAGAAUCAGAAGGACAAUAGAAUAUUUGGAUUAUGAAACCCACAGGAAAAUCUAGAGGCAGAGGCAUAACAGUGUUAAAUGAUAUAUCUGAUGUCAUGUAUGCUGAGCCUGUGGUGUUACAGAAAUAUCUUAAGAAUCCUCUUUUAUUGAAGGGACAUAAAUUUGAUAUGAGAAUAUAUGUUCUUGUAACAUCAUUUAAUCCUUUGGAAGUAUUUCUUUACAAAGAGGGCUUUGCUCGUUUAACUACACAGCCUUUUACUCUUGAUAUCAAUGAUCUCAAAAAUCAGCUGGUUCAUUUGACCAACUUUGCAGUGCAAAAGACUCAUGUGCAAAUACAAGAUUUGGAGUCUCAAUUGGGAGGUUGUAAAAUAUCUUUACGCCAAUUGAGAGAGAAACUAAUAGAUAGAAAUAUAGAUUGGAAUAAGAUUUGGGAGUAAGUGUAAGAUAUUGUAUUAAAAUCUUUGGUUGCCUGUUAAUCUGAAAUACCAAAUAAUCCAAAUAGUUUUGAGUUAUUUGGGUAUGAUAUUAUAAUAGAUACGAAUUAAAAAUGUUGGCUAUUGGAAGUGAAUGCUUCUCCCUCUUUAGCUAGAGAUUAUAUUUUGGAUGAAUUGAUAAAAUAACAGUUGAUUGAUGAUAUCUUUGAUUUGAUUGAUAGUCCAAAUUACGACAGGUAGAGAUUGUGUGAAGUGUUGGAAAGGAGGAUUCAAGAGGAACAAGGAUGUAAAUCAGUCAUAAACACUAUGAACAACUCUAAAUUACAAUUGCAAAGAGAUCUGAACUAUAUUUUAAAUGGGAGUCACUUGCGGAGGUAUGGGGAAAUGCCAAAAUAGAUGGGAGGAUUUAUGAGAUUGGCUCCUUCAGAGAAGUAUGAUAAGUUGAAAUCUUUAGUUUAAAGUUAUAAGACUAUCAAUGGUAGAGGAACUAUAGAUUGA